AGGUAAUUAUAUGGCACAACCCCAUAUUUUACAAAAGACAUCUUGUGGCCAAACAUUUUGCAAAACAAAAAAGGGGAAAUGAAAAGGGGCCUAAAACUACUAGGCCACAGGACCAUAUGUGGUCACAGUGCCUCCGGCCCAGCCCACCGCCACCUCUCCUCCCACCUCCCGCUACAGGAGGCAGGGGAGGGGCGUGGCAGCCAUCCAGGCCACCAUGGCCGGGACUAUCGACGUGUAGGCCAUCCCGCGGCCUCCCCGACGCCUACAAGACCUGCCUCGCGACACCCCGAACCCUAAUCCCCUCAUUCUUCUUCCUCGUCUCUCUCCCUCGAUCUGAACCACGCCCGAGCUCCGCGGUCGUCAUCGUCGCGUCGAUCCCGCGGCCACCGUGCUUCUCGCUGGCAAGGAAGAUGUCCAGGAGGAACGUCGUGCUUUGCUACUUCGUCUGCACCACCAGGUCGACGCUGGGGAGCACCUGCGACGCCCCGCACGCGUGUUCCCUUCGCGGGCGUAUGCCUUGGCAGCCGUGUCGAUCUGCUCGUCUGGCCACCCCCACGGCUUCCGGACAUGUCCACGAUGCCCUCUUAGACUCCGAGACCGCUGCCGGUGUCCGUGUGUUCGACUACAUCGAAGAUGACCCCUCCUUCUUGCCAGAGCAACCAGACGAUGGAGUCCAGGAGCCAGACGCCACCGUCGACGAUGACUACUACUACUCGUGAGGUGCCUACUACUACGUGCAGCC